CGGCUCAGAUUCUUGGGCUUUCCCCUUAAUCUUACAGAGUUGACUGCAAUAUUUGACUGAGGCCAUCGGGGUACAAUUGAUGGGCAAGGUGAAGGCGCAGGAUCGACGACCAAGGAAAACAGGAUCGGAAACCUCGGUGGCACUGUAAUCGGUGCCAAUGGUCGUUACACACGUGAAAACACGAGUGUACAAUGGAGACGGGUCUACUUUUUUCGACGUAUCUGUCGUGACGCGGUCCGAACGGGGAUCAAAAGUUGA